AUGGGUAUCGCACCUUUUGUACCACGAACUGAAGCAUUCGAGGUUCUAAUCUUGCCACUCUUUAUAAAUGAUUAUGAUGUUUGUAGUGUUUGGAUGGAAGAUCAGAAUGAUAAUUUCAUAACCUAUAUACCUCAAGGUCUAAAUAAUCAUGAUGAUUAUUAUAAAUUCUAUUGUGGUCGUCAUAUGCCCCAAUAUGGUGAUUCAGGAGUAACUCGUCAAAAUGAAGUUAUAACUUUGCAAACUUUAGACAGUACUACAACAUAUAUAAUUAAUUAUCGUACUCAACAAGAUACUAAUUAUUGGUAUUAUAUUGAAAAAGAUUAUACAUAUGAUACGUGUUUGGUAUUUAUGGGUUCCGAUCACAAUUCUUAUGAAGUUAAAGAAUUAAGUUACGAAGGAUGUAAAUCCCUAAGAGAUGGUCCAAGCCAAAGUGAUGAUCAAAAUGUUGAUAAAGAUGCUUCAAAUAGUAUUGCCGUAAAAAGUGUUACUGUAAAAAGUGUUCAGUUGUAA